AUGAUGCGACAAGCAGUUCCUGGAUUACGCAGCAUAACUUUUUAUACGUACGAUGAAUCUUUCAAUGGGGCAGAUGUUUUCACACAAAAAGUUGAUAAAAAGGUUUUCGAUAAACUCUCAACUGAUAAGCAAUUUGCCUCAAAUCCAAAAGCCUUAGAAAGUUCAUUAGAGUUUCUAGAUUUACUUGAUGGGCGUUGUGAUAUACAGUUGAAAUGUGAAAAGAAAGAAUGUCCUACUUGUCCUAUAAAAGACUGUCCAACUUGUGGCACAGUCCCAACUUGUGGAACAACACCGUUCAUACCCAGAAGUACUACAUCUCCCAGAACUACUACAUCUCGUAGAACAACAACUUCAAGAAUAACAACUAGAACUCCUACAAUUACAACUCCCAGAAGUACUACAUCUCGUAUAAGAUCAACAACUUCAAGAAUAACAACUAGAACUCCUACAAUUACAACUCCCAGAAGUACUACAUAUCCUAUAACUACAACCUUUAAUCCUCCUAUGACUAAAUCACAUAAAAUAACUACCCCGGGUCCCCCAUACUUGCCAUUGGAAACUAAACCCCCAACAACAAGAAUACCCUGGACCGGACCCACUAGAUCGCACCCACGCCCUAGUUUUGUGUACGGUUUCACAUUAGGAUACUUAAACUAUACCAACACAGCUACAUAUCCAACUGUAACUCGUCCGCCAACUACACGUGUUCCAAAAUACAAAAGGGUCGCAUUAAAUGGAACUGAAAACUUUGUUCCAAAUUAA